AUGGAGAACGAGAAGCGCCGGACAGCUGUAGAAGUCGGCGAGACUCGGAUCGGCUCAACCCCUGAAGGAGGUCUGCAAGCCCCAGAGGAGCCUACGUGCUCAGAGGGAGAGACCGGAGCGACCCAGAUCAUUUCUACACCUGCAGGAAGUCUACAGGGCCGAGAGGAGUCAUCGCAUCCAGCUGGUGAAAGUGGAACAACUCAGACAAUCGCCGACAACAAAAGAAAAAAAAAAAGCAAGGGUGGUAAGGGACUUGGCAAAGGAGGCGCCAAGCGUCACCGCAAGGUGCUUCGCGAUAACAUCCAGGGGAUCACCAAGCCGGCUAUUCGCCGUCUGGCUCGCCGUGGCGGUGUAAAGCGUAUUUCUGGUCUGAUCUAUGAAGAGACUCGCGGUGUGCUGAAGGUGUUCCUGGAGAACGUGAUCCGCGACGCCGUCACCUACACCGAGCAUGCCAAGAGAAAGACCGUGACCGCUAUGGAUGUGGUGUACGCCCUGAAACGCCAGGGACGCACCCUGUACGGCUUCGGCGGUUGA